GGGAUCAUUGCUCCUCUUAUUAUUUUUGCCGCCAUCCCAGAGGGGCGCUCCCUCCCUCCCUGCUCCUGACAGCACUGCGCGGCGGCAGCGGCGGAUCCCUCUCUCUGUCACCCCGGUGUUGAAACCCAUACAGAAUGGCUAACAUAGACAACAAAGAGACAGAACUUGAUCAACAGGAUAUGGAAGAUGUCGAAGAAGUUGAAGAGGAGGAGACUGGGGAGGAUGCUAACUGUAAAGCCAGACAAUUGACUGCCCAAAUGAUGCAGAAUCCACAGAUUCUUGCUGCUCUUCAAGAAAGAUUAGAUGACCUUGUUGGUACUCCUACAGGAUACAUUGAAAGCUUGCCUAAAGUAGUAAAGAGAAGAGUAAAUGCGCUUAAAAAUCUUCAAGUAAAGUGUGCACAGAUUGAAGCUAAAUUCUACGAGGAGGUCCAUGCGUUGGAGAGGAAGUAUGCAGACUUAUAUCAGCCCCUCUUUGACAAGAGAAGCGAGAUCAUAAAUGCUACAUAUGAGCCCACAGAAGAGGAGUGCGAGUGGAAAGUAGAUGAAGAAGAAGAAAUUUCAGAGGAUCUGAAAGAGAAAGCAAAGCUUGAAGAGGAAAAGAAAGAUGAAGAAAAAGAAGACCCAAAAGGAAUUCCAGAGUUCUGGUUAACUGUAUUUAAAAAUGUAGAUCUGCUAAGUGACAUGGUCCAGGAGCAUGACGAGCCAAUCCUGAAGCACUUAAAAGACAUAAAAGUGAAGUUUUCAGAUGUUGGUCAACCUAUGAGUUUCACUUUAGAAUUCCAUUUUGAUACAAAUGAGUUCUUCACAAAUGAAGUUUUAACGAAGACAUACAAAAUGAGGUCUGAACCGGACGAGUCUGAUCCCUUCUCUUUUGAUGGACCAGAAAUUAUGGGCUGUACUGGGUGCCAGAUUGACUGGAAGAAAGGCAAAAAUGUUACUUUAAAAACUAUCAAGAAGAAGCAGAAACACAAGGGUCGUGGUACAGUAAGAACUGUGACAAAAACUGUUCCUAAUGACUCGUUCUUCAACUUCUUCAGUCCCCCUGAAGUACCUGAAAAUGGGGAAUUGGAUGAUGAUGCAGAAGCAAUUCUUACUGCAGACUUUGAAAUUGGACACUUUCUCCGUGAGCGCAUAAUCCCUCGAUCUGUGCUUUACUUCACUGGUGAAGCUAUUGAAGAUGAUGAUGACGAUUAUGAUGAAGAGGGUGAAGAAGCAGAUGAUGAGGAAGGGGAAGAGGAGGCAGAUGAAGAAAAUGAUCCAGACUAUGAACCGAAGAAAGAUCAAAAUCCAGCUGAGUGCAAGCAGCAAUGAAGUGAUGUGUAUGUGGCCUUGAGGAUUACCUGCACUGUAAUAAGUUAAAUUACUAUUAGUUACUUACCGCCUUAUGUUUUGUAUCUUCUUGGUAGAAUAAAGUAAUCAAUUUUUGUUAAAAAACAAAUAAAAUUUAAACCUUUAAAAAACUGUUUAAAUUGUAAGAUCAUUGGACUUAGUAUUAAAUGUACUUUUCUGCCAGGUAUCUAAUUGGGGGCAGAGAUCACCUAAAGCAUGUUCUUCACCGCUUCAUAGUCUUGGUUGUUGUGAAGUCUUUUGCCAUGUAGAUCUCUGCAGUUCUGAAUCUUCAAAGCUGCAGUCAGAUCAGUCCUUGUUUAGUGCUCUCCUAAGGAACCAAAGUAUCUUUCAGCCCAGUAGUUCAAACAGGUGUCAGUCGCUUGCAAUAGCUGUGCCUUCAGGACUUUGUUCUAGAAAUAGUUAUUGCCUUGGAAAUGGUACAUUUAUGAACUUAACCCUUGCAAUGAAUUUGCAAUCAGACUGUCCAUUUGAUGUCUGCUUGUUUAUCCUAUGGGUUUUUGUAUUGUAUGUGACUGUGAUCUACAAAGCAAUCUGCUGGUCAACAUAACAAGGUUACUGUUUACCACUGGGGUGUGAAUAAAACCUAGUAUUUUCAGAAA